UCAGAAAUCUCGCGAUGCUUUGAUCCUAGCUGACCUCUCAGUAAUGCUUUUGCCCCUCCAGUCAAUGAGCAACUAGAGUAGACAUGUCGAGUACGAGUGACGUAGGAUUCUGCGUAGGUUUCUUUUGAGUUUAUGGUAAAUAAUUGAGUUAUAACGUGGAGCAUGUUGAAAACUAUACCAUUUUUCUAGUAACCGAGUCACAGAUAUCAGAAAAGGAGAAAACCAGUUGAAGGAAAUAGUAGAGCUAGCUAGCUAGCUGGUCUGGCAGUCAGCGUGUGGGAAUGGCAGCUCCCCGGCAGAUAAAAGGCAUCCUAAAAAACAAGAACAGCGAUUCAAAUGUCAAGUCGCUGCCCGAAGACGUACCAGCAGAGGAUCUUGAACAAGCCCCUGGACUCACGGAAGACGACCAGAAAAAAUCCCAGAAAUGGGAUGAGAUGAACAUCCUGGCCACAUACCAUCCAGCUGACAAAGACUAUGGCCUGAUGAAGAUAGAUGAACCCAGCACACCUUACAACAGGAUGGUGGGGGAUGAUGAUGAUGACGGGGCGCUGAGUGACUCGGACGGCCACAGUGGACUCCCAGCUGAUGACCUGGCAUCAAAGCUGGUAGCAGCAGAGGGCUCAGAGCCUCGCUUCAUGAAGGAAGAAGAGGAGAGCAGUGAGGAGGAGGAGGAGGAAGAGGAGCUGACUCCUGAAGAACAAGCCAAAAAGAAGCAUUUUCAAAUGAUGAGGAAGAUGCACUACAACGAGGGCCUGAACAUCAAGCUAGCCCGCCAGCUCAUAGCUAGGGAACUAGAAGAUGACGAAGAUGCAGAUGAAGAGAUGAAGGAGGACACAGAGGAGACAGAGGAGAUAAAUGUUGACCCACCACAGGAGGCUGAUUCCCUGGAUUCGUAGAUCAGGCCUCUCUGCCACCUUUAGCCCUGUGUCUCGGCUCAAGAUCCAGACAGAUACUGACACUGCACUCUGUUUCAGUGCUGGGCCAUGCAGCAGACACUGCUUCACCACCUGUAACCCCUAGCAGCCAGCAACCUCUUGGGCACCUGUCCAUCUCUACUAUUUCUUUAAACUGUGCAAUAUAGCCUUCAAAUGCAGUGGUUUUAACUCCCAAGAAUUAACACAGAACUGAAAACUGCUGGUCACUCCUCCCCAAUGUCCUGUUGCCAAGAAUUUCCCCUCCCACUUCUUAUGGACUGAAGAAUGCGGUUCUGGCCCUGAAAGGAGAAUCAGUAUCUUUAAAAUACAAAACUCUUACAGUCUAAUAACAUUACUCCCAUCUGGCCUCUCCACAGCCCCUCUGUGGGCCACAAAGCCAAUAUGUCUGCCCUGUAGGAAGCCAGGGAAAACUCCAUGGCCUCACUAAUGACGUCUCCGAGACAUGACGACAGCACUUCUACUGGGUGUGCUUCAGAUGGCUUUUAAUUUUGUUAUGCUUCUUGAUGCACCAUUUUGGCAUUUCCUUCAGUACUUUUGUGAUGAAGGUUGGACAAAAAUGAUAACUUGGCUGGUUUGCCUUGUCCCCCCCCCCAUUCACAUCCAGAUUAGCAGUUAACAUGGCUUACUUGGUUAUCUUGUGCCAUCAGGAAUAUUUCUCUUCAUAUUGGCAUUCCGGAGUCAGCAUGAAAUAAUGAUCAUUUAGGAAAUAUAGUAUUUCAUAGUAAAGACAGUGUGGCCUAUACACAGUCUGUUCAUAAAAAAUUCUAAUUUGACAUCUGACAAACAAUAAUACAUGCUUCUAACUGAGAUGUGCUGAAGUUUCUCACCAUGAUGCUUGCAGUCAACUCCUUCGAGUCAAGUAUUAAACUGGCUCUUUGCUGACUUUGACUGUAUUAAUUUUUCUCUACUCAUUUUAAGUUCUGGUAGUUUUACAAAUAUAUAUACCUCAUAAAACCGGACUGAAGGCCUUUUCAAAAUGAAAUCCACUGAUAAAUUUGGCAAAUAUUUUGAGGCAGAUUUUAAAAGCAAAACAAACAUUUAACAUUUGUUUACAUCUGUUGCUUCUGUUCAUGGGAUUUUUUUUGUGGAUGAAGAUUGCAGGAUAAGUCAGAGGUGGUUUUCCUGGUAUGCUUAAGACAUUUUAGUUCUUUGAGUCAUGAGGGACAGCUGAAGUCCCGCAUCUGAGGUCAAGCGCAUGCUACUGAUAAAAAAAACUGUCUUGUAAAAAUGACUCUCGUCUGUAACAAGUUGCAGCUUUAAGCACCAGGCUCUUGGUAGAUCUGACAAAUAAACCAGUGCUCACUGUGUUCUUGCUUAGAUAAUAUGCACUUCAUCAGUUGAGCUUCAUCAGGCGGGAUUUGUGAGAAAGGUGCAAUCACCAAGUUUGUGUUGAAUUUCUCAUCUGAUUUAUAUGAUGUGAUACUUAAUGGCUGAUCUACUUAAGUUUCUUGUAUGAUGCAACUUGGGAAUGUCAAAGAAAGAGUUGUUGAUGCUACUGACUUUAGUUGGUGGAGUUAAACCACUAAGAACUUUUGGAGGCAUUUCAAUGAUUUUUAUGUUUGUGGCUCCUAUAAGUGUGACAAAUCUUUUAAAAAAUGUUAGAUUGGCAGAGUAUUGGGGGGGAAAAUACAUGGAUUUUGGUGCAACUUCAAUUGCACAUUUGUGAUUGUGACCGAGUUUGUGGAGCUGUAUCCUCGGGUACAUGCUGCACGACUUCACAGUUUAAUUAGGAACCGAAUACCCCGAGAGAAACGUGCGUGUCAUUUAGGAGCUAGGAGAAUUUCUUGUGAUCUCUUAAUUUUCUUUCAUGUUUUAGUUCCUCGCUGUAAUAGGAAGCAUUGAGCUUUGUAUUAUGGAAACACACAAGAUCCUAGACCAACGGUAUGAUUUCUGCAAAUGUCCCUUUGCAGUUUUGUGCGUGUGUGUGGUGUAGUAUUGGCGACAUUUUCUCUCCAUGAUAGAGGUGAUAGAACCUCCUUUAACCCUUUCCACUCACCAACAAGGACUCUGUAUUGUGAGAGAAAACAUUUGAGCAGUUAAAGAUCGUACAGUUGUAGAGAAACAGGAUUACAUCUGGAAAUGCAGAUUUAAAUAAGACAACGAUGUCUUUUAUUUUGGUCACUGAAUUUGUAAACAGAAAGGUUGAAGAAAAGCUGAGACAAGCGGUUUAAAUUCGCAAGCUCGUCCACAACAUGGUUGACAUGAUGGCCCUGUUGGUGGUUUUCCAGUCAAAUGUGCCUCAAGUAUUCAUGUAGAUGUGGGUAAAAUGAAUAGGUUAUGCUCUAUGAUACUGUUCUCUGUCCUGUUUUAUCGCACAUCUCACUUAUUGUUUUUGCACCACUUCUGCUUGGUUUGUUUUCUAAGGAUGACAGACUGUUAAGCAGUCUGCAACACUGUGUUUUUCUCAAAAUUACGUGGAUCUUAAAUCAGUGGGGGGUUUUUAUUUAGCAUUUUCGAUUUGCAUGUUCUUAAUUAUCAGAUUGUACGUAUUCUGUUUUGUUUCAUCUCCUGUCAUUAAACAAAUGUGUUGGGAACUA